AUGAAUGACAUUUAUGAGCACGUCAGACAGACGGGCCAGCAAACGUCUGAGAAGAUGAAAACACGGUAUGACCGCAAAAUGAACAACACGGGGUUUGAUGAAGGUUCACUAGUGUGGUUACACAAUCCAGUUCGCAGCAAAGGGAAAUCUCCUAAGCUUCAAGCUAAAUGGGACGGACCGUACCGGAUUGUGACAAGGAUCAAUGAUGUAACCUACCGCAUACAGAAAGGUGCCAGAGGUACUCCUAAGAUUGUCCAUGUGGAUCGACUGGCGCGUUAUUAUGGGGCCAAUAAUGCUCGGGACGAGCAUGAAAAGGACGGUGGUGCCAGCGCGCAGCCGACGGAGGUCACGGUCCACAUCCAACACGACGGUCCUCUAGCCUCCGACCGCGACGUCUUCAUCGACGAUGAUGGUUCGGGUCUAGGCAUCGACGAGAGCUCGGGCUCCGGCUGGGGGCCAGGCCCUGGCCCCGACGACGAGGACGGUCGAGGAUCAGGUGACGCCCCGGACGCGCCCGAAGAUGACGAAGACUACGCACCGUUGCGAACCACUGCCGCCCCUACCACGCCCGCGCCGGAAUCAGACUAUCCGGAGGUCCCGGAAAUGCCGGACAACACAGUCUUACCGGACUCCGACAAUCCAAUCCCACCACCAAAAGUCCAGCAGCCCGAUUUAGUCAGUCCUCGCGUGCUAAAGGGUCAGGAAGCAGGAGAGGGCACAGGAGAGACGCACGGCGCGGGGGAGGAGCAACCCUCGCGCCCAGAUCUGACCGACAUCAGCAUAUCAGGGGAAGACCUCAGUCCGGACAUCGACCAGGAGCAGUCGGGAACGCACAUCGAUACGGAAGCGCGACCAGCCGACACGGGCGUCUUCAUCAUGAACGCGAAACCCGAGGACCGCGCUACCAGCUUCUUCGCGCAACCUGGUAUCCUCGCAGCUGUCAUCGGUGGAGCAGUGGUAGGGCUGCUGUGUGCGAUCCUGGUGGUGAUGUUCAUAGUGUACCGCAUGCGCAAGAAGGACGAGGGCUCGUAUGCGCUCGACGAGCCCAAGCGGAGCCCCGCCGCCGCCUCGUACGGGAAGGGUCACAACAACCGCGAGUUCUACGCGUGA